AUGUCUUCUUCGGUGGGGCCCCGCGGCCCUCGCCCGCCCACGGUGCCCCCCCCGAUGCAGGAGCUGCCCGACCUGAGCCACCUGACAGAGGAGGAGAGGAACAUCAUCAUGGCAGUGAUGGACCGGCAGAAAGAGGAGGAAGAAAAAGAAGAGGCCAUGCUCAAGAGGUUGCAUCAACAAUUUGAAAGCUAUAAAGAGCAAGUAAGAAAGAUAGGGGAAGAAGCCCGCCGUUACCAGGGAGAGCACAAGGAUGAUGCUCCAACAUGUGGAAUCUGUCAUAAAACAAAGUUUGCAGAUGGUUGUGGCCAUUUAUGCUCUUAUUGCCGGACCAAGUUCUGUGCUCGGUGUGGAGGUCGUGUCUCUCUGCGAUCAAACAAUGAGGACAAAGUGGUUAGAAUCCAUGCUUUUUAUAAUUUAUUGUUAUAA